GUGGUGGGGUGCGCUGCGUGUGUGCUCGGUCCGCGCUCGCAGGGGGACUAUCCCGCUGGAGGCCGAGAGGAGGGGGACAGCGACACGAGGACGGUUCGGAGCGGAGAGCCGGCGCGUGCGUAGUGUGCGGCAGCUGACCUGACCUGUCUGUGGUGCUGAUGCGGACGGUCCCGCGCUCAGGAGCUCCUCGUCUGCUGAUCCGGACCCGUCGGCACUCUCUGACCAUGGCCGUGCUAGCGGCCCUGCUCGGUCUGACCUGCGCCCUGGUGCUGACCUCGGCCCAAACGCUGGACGACGACCUACACUCCCACCUGGACGACGACCACCUGCUGCUGCCAAACGUGCUGCCGACGGGACCGAGUCUCGACCAAUCAGCGCCCGUCUUCCUCGAAGUGCCCGCCCCCGCGUACGUGAUGCGCAACAAGCCGGCGACCUUGACCUGUCGGUCGGCGCACGCGCUCCACCUCUACUUCCGGUGCAACGGCGAGCUGGUGAGCGACCGGGAGCACUCGCGGGCCGACUACGUGGACCCGCAGACGGCCAUCCGGCAGCUGGAGGUCAAGCUGGACGUGGACCGGCGCAGCGUGGAGGAAUACUUCGGCGACUACCACUGCGUCUGCACGGCCUGGAGCAGCCGCGGCGAGAAGACCAGCCCCCGGGUCAAGGUCACGCUGGCCUACCUGAAGAAGGCGUUCCACACGCCGCCGUUCGCCGACGCCGUGGAGGUGGACGAGACGGUGGAGCUGCGCUGCGUGCCGCCGGCCGGCGACCCGCCGCCCACCGUCAGCUGGCUCAAGAACCGCGUGCCCGUCGACCCCAAGCUGGACCCCAACUACAUCAUCUCGAACGAGGGCAACCUGCUGAUCGCGGCCGCUAAGCUGUCCGACAUGGCCAACUACUCGUGCGUGGCCGAGAACGUGGCCAACCGCCGGGUCAGCCCUCCGGCGCGGGUCACCGUCUACGUGAACGGCGGCUGGUCGGGGUGGGGCGCCUGGUCCGGCUGCCAGCCGCCGUGCGGCAGCCCCCGGCCGAUGAACGGGGGCCGCCAGUGUCGCGGACCGGCGCAGCAGGCGGCCGACUGCAGCUCCCUCUGUCCGCCCGUGGACGGCGGGUGGUCGGCGUUCGGCGAUUGGUCGGCAUGUGACGUCACGUGUCGUCAGAGCCGGCAGCGAGCGUGCUCGGCCCCGGUGCCGGCCCAUGGGGGUGUACCCUGCUCGGGCGCCGACCGGCAGCACCGCAACUGCUCCAGGGCCGACUGCGAAGAGGUGCGAGCCGCGCUGCUGGACCGCUCGUCCACUGAUCAGGCGGCCCGAGCGGUGGCGCAGUCGGACGUGGCGCUGUAUGUCGGUCUGGCGGUGGCCCUGCUCGUCUUCCCGAUGAUCGCGCUGAUCGCCCUGAAGCUGUACCGACGCAAGGGCCGCGGCCAGAGCAUGUACGGACUCACCGAGAGAGACUACGAGGCUAAGUACUACGACAACAACAAGAAGCAGCUCAGCUACACGCCCGACCUGACGUCAAACGUCACGGGCGUGAGCUCGACGCCGCCCAGCCGGGUCACAGACUACGCCUACAACAGGCUGGGCAGCGGCACCAGCCGGCCCGGCCUGCUGGGGGGUCACUCGGAGCACCACUACGACGAGCCGCUGCUGCCGCCGGGCCGGCUGACCGGCGCCCGACACUCGCCGGCCGGCGACGCUCCCUCCACCGGCUCCCGCGGCUCGCAGGCCACCAGCAGCUCGCGCGAUAACCCGCACCACAGCGGCUCCUCCUACUGCAGCUCCCCCACCUCUCGUCCGACGUCUCUGUACGACGCGGAGGCCGCGUCCUGCCGCCAAUCGCUGCUCUCCACACCACUGCCAUCUAGUGUCAACCCGGACAACCUCGAUUUCGGCACAGUGACGUCGGCGGGCGCCGUGCUGACGCUGGAGAGCGCCGGCGUCUCGCUGCUGGUGCCGGAGGGCGCCGUGCCGGCCGGCCAGCUCGAGGAGGUCUACCUGGCCGUGAUGAGCGACACCCGCGAGAAGCCCCAGCUGGCGGAACACCAGACGCUAUUGUCGCCGGUGAUUCUGGUCGGCCCGCCCGGCACCCAGUUUCUGAAGCCGGUCGUCGUCAGCUUCCACCACUGCGCCAACCUCAAGUCCACCUGGAACGUGUCGGUGUACGGCUCCGAGAGUCCUCCAGACGAGGUUCCUCAGUGGCAGCGCAUCGUGACCCUGGGUCAGGAAACGAUCAACACGCCAAUCUAUACCCAGCUGGACCAGGGCAAGGUUCACAUCCUGACAGACUGGCUACAGGCCUUCGCACUGGUCGGAGAGCCCUGCACUGCGCCGGCCGUGAAGAACCUGCGUCUGGCUGCGUUUGGGCCGCGGCUGGUGGCCGCCGCCGAGUACUGCGUGCGGCUGUACGUGGUGGAGGACACCAGAGCGGCGCUGGAGGGCGUGACACAGUUGGAGCGGCGUUUGGGUGGCCGCCUGCUGGACAAGCCCAAGACCCUGCCGUUCCAGAGCGGCGGCGCCGGCCUCUGCCUGGCGCUGGAGGACCUCAGUCUCGGCUGGAGGUGCAAGCCGCAGGGCGGCUACCAGGAGAUCCCGUUCCGUCACGUGUGGGGCAGCACGUGUCCGCUGCUGCACUGCUCGUUCUGUCUGGAGCACGUGGGUCACGCGGCAGCCAGGGACGGCCUGGCGUUCUCCGCCCGGGUGCAAGUGUACCAGCGGGGCAGCCAGACGCGUCGCCAACUCAUCCGGGUCUCUUCCUCCGAGAGUCACACACAGGCGCUGAGUCCACCGCCGUGUCGAGCGCCAACU